AUGCAGGCCUCUGGCGGUACGGGGGUUGCAUCUCUGCUGCAGGGAACUUCUUUGGCUCAAGCCAGUGAAGUUGUCACUGAAUUCUUUGCCCAGAAGCUUUCAAAGGCGUUGGGUAUCACCAUUGCCGAUAAUGAUGCAAACAAGCCCCUGCACCAAUAUGGUGUCGACUCACUUGUCGCGGUAGAGCUACGUGGUUGGCUUACCAAGGAGCUACAGGCGGAGCUGGGAGUCUUUAAUCUUGGGAGGGGCCACCUUAUCUUCGGUGACACAGGUGGCCACGAGGAAAAGCAAGCUGGUCAAGGCAUCUUAGGCGAAGCGCAAGCGGGACGCGCUGGAAGGCGGUAA